AUGUCGCUACUUCGAGAUCACGUUUUGAUCAUCACAGGCAGCGCGUCUGGGAUCGGUCUUGCCACAGCAAGCGCAGCUCUGAGCGAAGGAGCUAAGGUCUUAGGUGUCGAUGUCGCCUCUGCACCGGAGUCUCUGAAUGAGAAUCAGAAUUUCAGGUUUCUGCAGAGAGACCUCACAGAUGCGGCCACGCAUAAGGAUAUUGUUGAGACAUGCGUUCAAGAGUUUGGUGGACGUAUUGACGGGUUGUUGAACAUUGCGGGAAUCAUGGACCGUAACAACAGCGUCGACAGCUUGACGGAUGAGAUGUGGGAUCGGUGCAUCGCGAUUAAUCUGACGGCUCCAGUGAAGCUGAUGCGGGAGGUCAUUCCCAUAAUGCGAGAACAGAAGAGCGGAAGCAUAGUCAAUGUCGGUAGCAAAGCGGCUACGAGUGGCGCCGCUUCUGGUGUCGCAUACACAGCAAGCAAACAUGGUCUGAUAGGAGCGACAAAGAAUGUCGCUUGGAGAUACAAGCAGGAAGGAAUUCGCUGCAACGCGGUUUGUCCCGGUGGUGUUCCAACUGGCAUAGUUCAGGCAUCCAAUCCAGAACUUUGGGACAAGGCCGCACUCGAGACAAUGUCCUCAGUUCACCAAGCACAUGCUUCUGACAGGUCGAUGGGCUUCGGCGUUGAACCGGACGACAUUGUCCAGUCUCUGCUAUUCUUGAUCUCCUCUCACAGCAAAAGGAUUAACGGGGCUGUCAUUCCAGUCGACAAUGCUUGGUCGGUGAUUUGA